ACUCCCUUCCCUUCUUCCAUUAACUCACACUCUCUCAAAUACAAAAACAAACACCUACUAAUUCUUUUAGAUAGAGAGAGAGAAUGGGGUUCACUUUACUUUUCCCUUCUUUUCUCGCAUAAUGAACAGAGCAGCAGCAACAACCCAUCUUAUCAGUAUUAAUGGCUAUCGAGCAAUCCGCCGAGAAAUCCUUCCUCGACGCCGCCCUCUACUGCGAAGAAGAGAAAUGGGGCGACGUCGAUGAAGACAAUGAAGACAACGAUGACGAUGACACCCUCUCUCUCUCCCCAUUGCUUCUCCUGGAGCAGGAGCUCUUCUGGGAAGACGAGGAGCUCCAGUCCCUCUUCCUCAAGGAGACUCAAACACGCCCCACCAUCUCUUUCUCUCUCUCUCCAUCCAGAAAGGAAUCCGUCCACUGGAUUCUGAAAAUCAACGCUCACUACUCCUUCUCCCCUCUGACCGCCAUCCUCGCCGUCAACUACCUCGACCGCUUCCUCUCCUCCCUCGCCCUCGCCGACGACAAGCCCUGGAUGAUGCACCUCGCCGCCCUCACCUGCCUCUCUCUCGCCGCCAAGCUCGAAGAGACCCACGUCCCUCUUCUCUUAGAUCUUCAAGUUGAGGAAACCAAAUACGUUUUCGAGCCCAAGACUGUGCAGAGGAUGGAGCUGCUGGUGCUCUCGGCGCUGCAAUGGCGGAUGAAUCCGGUCACCCCGGUUUCGUUCCUCGAUCACAUCAUAAGGAGGCUGGGAUUGAAGAGCCACGUCCACUGGGAAUUCCUCACCACCUGCCAGAAUCUCCUUCUCUCUGUGGCUUCAGAUCCGAGAUUCACACUGUAUCUCCCCUCUGUGUUGGCCACUGCGGCAAUGCUUCACGUGAUACACCGGUUGGAGCCGCGGCGUGCCGUUGAGUAUGAGACCCAGCUUCUCCGCGUGCUCAAAAUCAACAAGGAAAAAGUGGAUGAGUGUUACGAGGUGAUUCGAGAGGUAUUAGAUUCAAUUUCAAACAAUGGAUACAAGUACAACAAUGGAUUGAAGCGUAAAAUUUGUCAAGUUCCACUUCCAGGUAGCCCAGAUGCUGCAAUUUUGAAUUCGGAUUGCAAGAAACCAAGACUUCAUCAAAUCAGACUCCCCUCAUUAAUUACACACUCUCCCUCUCCCUCUCCCUCUCCCUCUCUCAACAUUUAAUUUUCUAUAUAUUCCUCUUAAUUACUCCAUUGUUUCUAAAUGGCCUUUCCACCAACAACUUUGUGCACAAGGAGAAAAAAAGAAAAAAUACUUAUAUAUAUAUAGAGAGAGAGAGAGAAUGAAAGAGAGAGAGUUGGUAGUGGCAGGAAGAGCUGGCAUUUGUGAGAAGGGAGUAGUGAAAAAAAAGACAAGAUGCAAUGAAGAAUAUCUGCACUCUGUUUUAUCUACUUAUGUUCACUCUCUCUCGUAUGGACAAUUCAUGAAUUGAGGCAUAUCUUAAUGUUAAACAUCUUUCUUGUACAUAGAUAUCUUUCCCUUUUUAUCUCUCUCACAUUUGGUGAAUUAUUUGCCAUUACUA